UCUUGUCUCGUCUCGGCAAUGAAGUUCCCUUUGCUGCUGAUCUGUGUGGCCAUAUCCAUGGCCUUGCUGCCCGGAUCGAAGGCAGGGGUGACGGAGGAGCAGAUGCGGUCCGCCGGAAAACUGACCCGCGACGUCUGCCUGCCCAAGUAUCCCAAGGUCAGCGAGGAGAUAGCCGACAAUAUUCGCAACGGAAAUAUUCCCAACAGCAAGGACACCAACUGCUAUAUCAAUUGCAUCCUGGAAAUGAUGCAGGCGAUCAAGAAGGGUAAGUUCCAGGUGGAGGCGACCCUCAAGCAGAUGGACAUCCUGCUGCCGGACAGCUACAAGGAGGAGUACCGCAAGGGCAUCAGCCUGUGCAAGGACUCCACCGUGGGCCUGAAGAACGCCCCCAACUGCGAUCCCGCCUACGCCCUGCUCUCUUGCCUCAAGAGCAACAUCAAGGUGUUCGUGUUUCCCUAGGAAAUCGGAUACCAUCCCCCUGGCCGAACACAAUAGAUGAAUCAGAUAAAUCAUAUCAGAUCAGCAGUUAAAGCAGAUAAGGUCCCAUUGAAAGCACUCGAUCAAUAAAGGUUGAACCGGCAUAUACCUAU